UUUACUGUGGAAAGCCCAAAGAGCCACUUGCAGACUUAACUUAUCCUGCUGCACAAACUAACCCGAACUGGUAGAAAACACCCAGCAGUUCUGUCACCAGCAUGGAUUUUUCUUCAGGAUUAAAAAGUCUGAUUAAAGAAACGGGUCUCUCUUUUGUGUUUGUUUGCCAACACCCAUGCGCUCCUCCUCCCUGCAGCAGAGCUUUAUCUCUUGAUUAAAUCAGAUUGUUUCUGUCAGAGGAUUAUCUCUCUGCUUUCGGCCGGCUCCAGGUCACUGAGAAAUAAUGGGGCUGUGGAAAGUCUUCACUUCCAUCAAGGACCGAGCAGAAAGGUUUCUCAAUGAGAAGAACGUGGUGACGGACGUUCUGGGGAAGCUGGAGGAGAAGACAGGAAUCAAGAAGAAGGUCAUCGCCCUCGGCGCCGUCUCGCUGACUGGACUUUACCUGGUUUAUGGAUAUGGAGCUUCGCUGCUCUGCAACCUGAUCGGCUUCGUCUAUCCAGCUUAUUAUUCAAUCAAAGCCAUCGAAAGUCCCUGCAAAGAAGACGACACAAAAUGGCUGACCUACUGGGUGGUGUAUGGCGUCUUCAGCCUGGGCGAGUUCUUCUCCGACAUUUUCCUUUACUGGUUCCCGUUUUACUACGCAUUUAAGUGUUUGUUCCUGCUGUGGUGCAUGGCUCCGAUGUCGUGGAAUGGCUCCCAGAUCAUUUACAACAAAGUGGUUCGGCCCGUCUUCCUCCGCCAUGAGGCCACGGUGGACAACAUGGUGAACGACCUGAGCGGGAAGGCCAUGAGUGCCGCCGAGAACCUCACCAGAGAAGUUUUAUCCACUCUGGUGAAGAACAAAACCCUGGUGACACCAAUGCCGCCGGUCGCCCCGCCUGAACCGAAGAGUUUACCGAGUUCAACCAGAGAAACGUCAAACGCUAAAGUUGCUCCAAGAGAGCCAAGCGAAGAAGAACGAAGGCCUUUUCUUGGGUGACCAGAUUGGAAGAACUUGGUGUAGACUGAGGUUGUUCAGAUAGCAGCAGAGGAAGACGAAGAUGCUCCGCGAGGAAGAGGAGCAGAGAUGUUUUUGUCCUGAAUGAUCCAAACAGAAAGUGCUCCUUAUGUCACAGAGACUCGGUUGUAAGGCCAUAUUUUUGUAGAACGGUGUUGUAUUUAAUCUGAAUUUAUGAUUUAGAGAUCAUUUAUUGUCUUUAGAAAAUCAGACAGACACUGGAAGCUGCUGUCUGAUCUAUGAGCUAAAUGUCAAAACAAGUUCAGGAAAAAUAAAAAAUAAAAUCCUAUGA